UCAUAACAUAUGCUUUUGUCGUCAGUAUUAACAUUUAUGGAGGUCCUGUGUUGCAUGUAGACUUUUUUCACGGGAAAAAAUAGAGGUAGUGGUGAAUAUUUUCUUUUCGAUUAUAAAUUAAUGUCACACAAACCUGUUGUGUGAUGUGGCUCAGUAAAAAAAUCGGAUAGAAAAUUUAUUGGGGAUAUUGCUGAUGAUUAUGUUGUGCCAGAUAGAUGGCUGGGGUAUUUCUUUGAUUUCAUUUACGGAUAUAGAAACUCGUCGUCGAUAAGAUAUCAUUUUACAGAUUUGGAAAUCGUUAUUUAUAAAUUGACUACAACUGAUAAACGCUAGACAUUAAAAAAUUAUUUAACAAAGUUGCUGUCAACGAAGUCACUAUAAUACCUACAAACUCUCAGGAACCAGCAAUUUUCCUGUCUACAAAAGAUUCUUCUCUUAAAUACAAAUACCUAAAAAAAGGUUGAAACCAGAUAAUAAAUUAUGACAAACGACAAACCUGUUUAUAGUUCCAUCUUGGGUUCGGAUUUGACAUUAAAUUAUGCCUUUGCAACUGUUCACGAAGUAGGUGUCAGACCUAAUGAUAGCUCGGAUAACUGGAAUAAUUAUGAAGAUGGUAACAUGAACGAGGAUGCAGAGAAGGCUCUAAUCAAAGAAGUUGAAGAAGGCAAUCUAUGGUCCAAAGGCCAUGUGACCACUGAAGUACUUUCUGGUGGAAAAAUAAAGCAAACAGAACAGAUAAUUUAUUAUCCCGAAGAUCAGGAGUGGGAAAAAUUUCAUGUAACUACUCGUAUUGUUAGUGAAUUUGACCCUAAACCGAAUUCACCUCAAGAAAAGCCGGAGCACAACAUUCAUAGACAUGCACACGUUACUGUUCAAGACAAUGAUGGAAAUAAGUAUUCAACUGGAAUUAAUGAUCCGGAUGCAAUUGAUCUAAUUAAAAGCCACAAUUGGGAAGCUAAUAUUAGUGCAUUUAAUAGAGUUCAAAUGGCACAAUAUAAUGAAAAAAAAUGACUGAAUUUAUCUUGAUUGUUUGAUAUUUGUUGACAAAAUUAGGGUUUUGCUGUAAUAGGAAUAGUCGUUUUAUUUUUCAUCUGUCAAUGUAUAAUGCACAAUAACUUAUCAAUGUUGUUGUGAACAUACUAUAAUGUGUAUCAAAAUAAUAAAAAUGUUUGCAUGCCAGCUUUGUGUACAUAACAGCGUUCAUUGCAUUGUUCAAACUUCGAUCUUGACAAGAAUAGAAUAACCUCUCGGGUUGUGAAUUUGAU